AUGGAAUCUACAACAACGACAUUCUCGCUGUUCGCUGUGAGAACGGUCUUUUGCUGCGUGGUACUGGCCGUAUUUUUGGCAGUCUUCAGUGCUCGUAAGCCAAAGUCCAAUCUUCCAUGGGUGGCUUUGGACGAGGAUCCCACAACGAAGGGCCUUCAGAAUGUCGGAAAAGCUCGCAGACAGUGGGUCGAAAACUGUAACGCUGUCAUCGACAAAGGUCUGAGCGAGGUAAAAGGCGCAUUUUGGGUCCAGACCGACGUCGGUCCUAAGAUCAUCCUGCCCAACUCGUAUGCGGAGGAGAUUCGGAAUAGUCCGCACAUGGUCUUCUCAGAAGCCAUCAAAGAGGAACUUCUGGCUACAUACUCGGGUAUCACGCCAAUCGGCUUGUUGACGGAUGGCCACGUGUUCCAAGAUCUUACACGCAUCAACUUGACCCGUUCGCUCGAAUGGCGCGAGACACCGAUCAGGAACUUUGCCAAUGAUCUAAUUGUACGCCUAUCAACUCGAGUGUUCUUUGGGAGCGAACUUUGCCAAAACCAAGAAUACCUCGACCACAUCGUUACUUGGGGUAACCUGGUCUUGAUGGUCAACGCAGCUCUUCGUCCGUGGCCUCUUGCUCUCCGUAAAAUUGUCCAUAUGUUCCACCCUUUCUCGCGCCAGAUACGCAGUACGAGAAUGAAGAUAAGAAGUAUCAUUUCUCCGCUCAUCGCUGAGCGUGUCGCGCUCAAGAAGCAGGGGAAAACAUCAGCCAAGAUGUCGGACAUGGUCGGGUGGAUGGAAGACAUCAUCGAAGAAAAGGGAGCGAAUGUCGAUCUGAUCGACGGGCAGUUGUUCAUAGCCUUUGCUGCCGUCGAGACAACCAGUACGACUUUGGCAUACCUCAUACUAGACUUACUGGACCAUCCGGAGGCGGUAGCACCCCUUCGACAGGAAAUCAUCGAGGUUCUUGGGUCGAGCGGUUGGAGUAAGACUUCUCUCAUGCGCUUAAAGUUGCUCGAUAGCGCUAUGAAAGAGUCGCAGAGAUUGCAUCCACUGAGCCAUCUGUUACCCAAGGGUACGCAGACUUUCGUCAGGUGGGAGACUCGCAGCUCAGAAUCGGUCUACCCAAACCCUGAUGAGUUUGUUGUCGACCGCUUCCUGAAGAUGCGUGAGAGCGGGGAAAAUGGAGCGAGCAGCAAGUGGCAAUUUGUCAGUACUUCGCCCGAACACCUAGCUUUCGGGCAUGGACGCCAAGCUUGUCCAGGACGUUUCUUCGCCAGCAACGAAAUGAAGGUGGCGAUGGUGCAUAUACUUCUGAAGUAUGAGUGGAAGUACACGGGCGAGGGCAGAAAGCCAGAACAAACCAUCUCGCACAUACCCAUGCUGCCGUUUGAUCAGAAGGUCGCAUUCCGUCGCAGAGAGGUAGAGGCUGGUUUGGAUUUGUAG